CAAUGUCACUUGCACAACGGCCCCGCCCUCUGCUGGAGGUCUGACCUGCGCCUGCUCAGUCUGGUUUCCUCUGCUUUCUUCACUGUGCUCCGCUGCAGCGAGCAGUCCUUUUAAACUCUGCAACACUCCGCUACAAAAAUAAAGAGUCAUGGCACAGAAUGUUGGGAUUGUACUGCAGCAGGACAUGCCAGGAAAAGGCAAACAUGCAGAAAACAAAGACCACUGUGUGACGUGUCAGAGCCACGCACCAAAGGGACAUGGCACAAUGGCCGUCCCUCCUGGAUACUCGGAUCUGGGGAAAUCUGCCAAAGAUAUCUUCAGUAAAGGCUUUGGCUAUGGAAUACUGAAACUAGAUGUUAAGACCAAGUCUCAAAGUGGAGUUAUGGAGUUCACCACUUCUGGCUCCAACAACACAGAUACAGGGAGGUCAGGAGGCCACCUGGAGACCAAGUACAAAAUGAAAGAUCUGGGCCUCACCUUCAACCAGAAGUGGAACACUGACAACACUCUAACAACAGAAAUCACGUUGGAGGACCAGCUGGCUAACGGCCUGAAGCUCGGUCUGGACACAUCAUUUGUGCCGAACACUGGCAAGAAGAGCGCCAAACUGAAGACCAGCUACAAGCGGGACUUUGUGAAUGUGGGCUGUGACCUGGACUUCGACAUGGCUGGCCCCACUGUCCACACAGCGGCCGUGCUUGGCUUCGAGGGCUGGCUGGCUGGUUACCAGAUGGCUUUCGACACUGCCAAAUCUAAACUCAUCAAGAACAACUUUGCCCUUGGAUACAAGGCUGGUGAUUUCCAACUUCAUACCAGCGUUAAUGAUGGCACAGAGUUCGGUGGCUCCAUUUACCAAAAGGUGAACAGCAACCUGGAAACAGCCGUCAACCUGGCCUGGACAGCAGGCAGCAAUAACACACGCUUUGGACUUGGAGCCAAAUACCAGCUGGAUAAGGAUGCAUCCCUCUCUGCCAAGGUUAACAACGCCUGCCUCGUUGGAGUUGGAUACACACAAACACUCAGGCCAGGAGUGAAGCUCACCCUCUCUGCUCUGAUCGACGGGAAGAACGUGAACGCCGGUGGACACAAAAUCGGCCUCGGUUUCGAGCUGGAGGCGUAAGGAUUGAACAGGACUGGCAAGAGGAGAGGAAAGCAAACGCAGGAGAAGAAUACACCACUAUGGCCCCACUCAGCAACGCAUCAACACAUCUUCCCUCUGAGACACACACACUUUGGCCUUAACCCUGAAACUCCAAACAGCCUCCAAGACCUCUAGUACUGUAAUUCUAAAGCAAUCAAGUAUUUCACAGUGUUAUUGACAUGACCCACACAUCAGUUUUGAGCAUAUAUUACCAGAGUACCGCAUACAAUAGUCUUGCAGCCAGUUUAUUCAAAUACCCCAUUCUCUAAAUACUGUGCUACAUCUCGGCUGCUUUGGCCAGACAAAGUGCACUUUUAAUAGCAUGUGUCAAACCUUUGUAUUGUGUCUGAAGCACCCUGUCAUUCUGUGUUAUUCAUGAAGGUUUUGUUCAGAUACUCUGGGAUUUAGACAUUAGUGAGAUUGUUAGAGGGUGCUUGUUAAGGUAUAUUGUAGUUUUGUUGCACGCUUUAAAUGCUAAUAAGGUUUUUUUCCUUUUUUUUUGACUUUUCAUUGUCAUAUUGACAACUGAUGCAAUAGAGGCUAGAGAGAAAUAAGCAGGAAAAAAACGGGUCAUGUGUCUGACUGAGUGGACUGCCUUUGUUUCCACCAUUAGACCUAAAUAAAACAGUAAAACACUGUGAGCCCUCGGUUGCCUAUAAGUUUAUUUUUCAGGUUUUGUUUGGUCAAAAAAUUAGGAUGUCUGUAUGACCUCUUUGUCUUGUCAUGUUUUGUGUCCUGUAACUGUUAAACCUUGAGCACUACAUUUUACUUUACCUGUGCUGUGCUUUGUAUAGGAAGUUAGCCAUCAUUUAGGACCUCAAACUGACUUUAUUGAAUGAAUGAAAUAAAGACUUUAAAACAGA